GAAAAGUAGUAUGGGAUUUUUGGUGUACUUAACAUUUAACUUUUUUGGUGUACUUAACAUAUUUUAUAUACUCUUUGGUACUUAACGUCCUACAGGGGCGCUGAACAAUUUUAUUAAAAAUUGUAAAUGACGAUACGAUGGCGCGUGUAACAAAUAUUUGUUAUAGGCCCGCCGAAAAUUGGUUGAGCGAGUCGAAAAGAGACGGCCAGUGAGUGACUGCUACGUAAUUUUCAUUGAAUUCAACGAGUUGAGUGAAAACCGUCAACAGUUAAACGUUGAAGUACGAUCAACGGUUGAUUCAACUAGUUCAUUGACUAAACGCCCAUCCCUAUUCUCUGUUCUGUAUUUAUUAUAUUGGCUGGAUUCGAUUUGAUAUUGACGUUGACGUUUCUUGAUCUGAUUUUGAUUUGAUCCUUCUUUCGUAUUAGUGUUUAUUUUUUUGUAAUUAAAGUUUGAGUAAAUUUUAUAGAAAUGACAGAUAUUACCGAAAGUGAUCCAAUGUCAUCUAGCGAAAAUAACGGUCCUGAUAUAAAAGAUGAUGCUCCUAUGGCUAAAAAACGUAAAAUAGUGUCAGAGAAUGAGCAGUGUGAGAAACUGGAGCACAGAUUGUGUGGUAUUUUAUGCUGCGCAGUUUGUCUCGAACUACCUCCGGCCGCCGUGUAUCAGUGUACAAAUGGGCAUCUUAUGUGCGCGCCUUGUUUUACUCAUUUGCUGGCGGACGCGCGGCUGCGCGACGAGGCGGCCACCUGCCCCAACUGCCGAGUGGCUAUCUCGGCCAGCUCGGCCUCGCGCAACCUGGCCGUGGAGAAGACAGUCUCCGAGCUGCCCUCCGAGUGCCGUUACUGCGCACGCCUCUUCCCGCGCCACGCCCUGCGUCACCACGAGGACAAUCUUUGUAACGAGAGAGUGACGGGCUGCAAGUACGCAUGCAUCGGAUGCACGUGGCGCGGGCCGGCGCACGAGGCGCGCGGCCACGAGGCGGGCUGCGCGCACCCCGCGCGUUCCGCCGCCGACCUGGUGGAGUUGCUGGCGGAGCGCGAGCGCCGCGCGCAAGACGCCGCCGCCGUGCACGAACAGAUCCUCGACCUGCUCUCCUAUGAAAAGAUCACCGUCAACGACUUACAGCUGAAGCCGUACCACACGGAGGAGCCGGUGAACAAGCUGUACUACGAGUCUGCGCGCUUCUCCGCCUUCGGGCAUCAGUGGGUGGUGAAGGCGUUCGUGAACCGCGACCGCGGCGACCCCACGCAGAGCGCGCAGCGGGACAUCACGUACCAGCUGAUCCUGAAGAGCAAGGCGGCGAGCGCGCUGGGCGUGCAGUGGGUGUGCGCGCGCGGGCCGUGGGGCGAGGCGCGCAUGGCGGCGCGAGUGGCGGCGCACACUUUCCGCGACGAGGCGGCCGACUCGCCGCCGCUGCCGCUGCCGCUGGCCGAGCCGCGCGACGCCAACCGGCUGCUGGCCGCGCGCCCUCUGCACUGCAGACUCAUCAUGUUCCUGGCGGCGAAGUGAUGCGGCCUCUCACCACACUACGCUCCUCGAACAAUAUUCCGCGACCUUAAAUCUCAUCAUUUAAAUAAAAUCACAUUUGAUGUAUGAUGUGUUUGUUCAAAAUAGUGUUUAGUUUUAUAAGUUUGUAUAUUAUUAUAUUGUUCAUUUAAAGAAGUAUAAUUUGUUGUCACAAGAGGAGGAAGCGCCGGCAUUCGUGAUGUAUACUGUUAGUAGAAAAGCGGAGUGUUGUGUAGUAGUCUGGGGGGCGCGGCACGCUGUGAGCGGCGUUCACUGAACCCGCCCACAAUCGCAUUCACUUUUCUCAUUAUUUCUUAGUAGAGUAAAUAUUUUUGAUUAUAAUAAAUAAAUUGAGGUAAUUACUG